CCCCUCCAUAGCUAUACACUGUUCCUAAUAAUCAGAACCAUAUACACACCAACACAACUACAAGCCAACACCCAACACACACGCUCUCUCUCUCUCUUGCUUUGUUUCUCUCUUUCUCUCUCUAAAAGCAUUAGUUAUUAGCUAAACUUAGGGCUGAGCUUCAGCUUCUCACUGCCUGCCAUUAGCCCAGACUCCAAGAAUAGCAAAAACCCCAAUCGAUCAGAUAUCAAUCAAUCAAACCAAAAAUGGAAGUCGGAGGUCAAUCAGGAGACACGGUGAUGUCAGAGGCUGGCCCCACCCAGCAGCAGCAGCAGGCAGUAGCUCAACCGGAGGCCAUUCCGGCGACGCUGAGCCACGGCGGCAGAUUCAUCCAGUACAACAUCUUCGGCAACGUUUUCGAGGUCACGGCCAAGUACAAGCCCCCCAUCAUGCCCAUCGGCAAAGGCGCUUACGGCAUCGUCUGCUCGGCUUUGAAUUCGGAGACGAGCGAGCACGUGGCCAUUAAGAAGAUUGCGAAUGCUUUCGACAACAAGAUCGAUGCAAAGAGGACUCUGAGGGAGAUCAAGCUGCUCCGACAUAUGGAUCAUGAAAACGUUGUUGCCAUUCGGGACAUUAUCCCCCCACCGCAGAGGAAUGUCUUUAACGAUGUUUACAUUGCUUAUGAGCUCAUGGACACUGAUCUCCAUCAGAUCAUUCGAUCCAAUCAAGCUCUAUCUGAGGAGCAUUGUCAGUAUUUCUUAUACCAGAUCCUCCGUGGAUUGAAAUACAUUCAUUCCGCAAAUGUUCUGCACAGGGACUUAAAGCCUAGCAAUCUUCUCCUAAAUGCUAACUGUGACUUAAAAAUAUGCGAUUUUGGACUAGCUCGAGUCACCUCCGAGACUGAUUUUAUGACGGAGUACGUUGUUACACGAUGGUACCGAGCCCCAGAACUAUUAUUAAACUCUUCCGAUUACACUGCAGCUAUUGAUAUAUGGUCAGUCGGUUGUAUUUUCAUGGAAUUGAUGGAUCGAAAGCCAUUGUUUCCUGGCAGAGAUCAUGUGCAUCAGCUACGUCUGCUCAUGGAGCUGAUUGGCACCCCAUCAGAUGCUGAACUGGGAUUUUUAAAUGAAAAUGCUAAGAGAUACAUUAAGCAACUUCCUCUCUACCACCGGCAGUCAUUUACUGAGAAGUUUCCUCAAGUUCAUCCAUCAGCUAUUGAUCUUGUUGAAAAGAUGUUGACAUUUAAUCCUUCAAAGAGAAUUACUGUUGAAGAUGCACUAGCUCAUCCCUACUUGACAUCUCUCCACGACAUCAGUGAUGAACCUGUUUGCAUGACUCCCUUCAGCUUCGACUUUGAGCAGCAUGCACUGUCUGAGGAACAAAUGAAAGAAUUAAUUUAUCGAGAGGCUCUUGCAUUUAACCCUGAGUAUCAGCAGCAUUGAGGAAUCAUAUAUUCCUCUUCAUUUUGGUUUUCAUUAGUGUGUUAUCUACGUUCCAUGUUCCAUCUGUUUGGUGAUCGGAUUGAAUUCUUCCUGUAAAUAUGUUCCAUCCAAAAGUGGAAGGUAUUAGAUGGGCGUUAUUUGAUUAACUGGGAAGUCUGGAACAAUGAUAAACUGAUAAUGAUGUUUGUAUCAGAAGGCUUUCUGUUUAUUUAGUUUUUGAAUUGAAUACUGCUGGGAUUAAUAGUUCUUG